UAGAGGUUGUUUAAAGCUUUGGUGUCUCGACUCGGUGGUUUUGUUUAUAAAGGAGAGAGGUUUUAUCAACACCAACAAAUUCUUCAACUAUAUAAUUCUCUUGAUCUCUUUGUAAUCCAAAAUUUCAUUGGUUUCUGUUUGUUUGAUGGGAUUUGCUUUACGAGAAAAGUCAUGGGAAAGUUGUCUUUCAAGGAUUCUCUCAAGGCUCUCGAAGCUGAUAUCCAGCACGCCAAUACUCUUGCUCUAGAUUAUCCAAGGGAGAUUGAUGGAGCUCGUCUUCAGAUGAGACUAUCCUACAGUCCAGCAGCUCAAUUUCUUCUUUUUCUUGUUCAGUGGACUGAUUGUCAUCUUGCUGGUGCCCUUGGUUUGCUUAGAAUUCUGAUUUAUUUGACCUAUGCUGAUGGCAAGACAACAAUGUCUGUUUAUGAAAGGAAAGCUACCAUUAGAGAAUUUUAUGCCGUGAUUUUCCCAUCUCUGUUACAACUUCAAAGGGGAAUCACUGAUUUGGAAGAUAAGAAACAAAAAGAGCUUUGUAGCAUCAGAUAUAAAAGAAAGGAUGAGUUGGAGAAGGGCAAACUCUCUGAAAUUGACAUUGAAAGAGAAGAGGAGUGUGGAAUUUGCAUGGAGAUGAACAACAAGGUUGUAUUGCCCAAUUGCAGUCAUUCAUUGUGUUUGGGAUGCUAUCGGGAUUGGCGUGAGCGGUCUCAAUCAUGCCCCUUUUGCCGAGAUAGUCUUAAAAGGGUAAAUUCUGGGGAUCUGUGGAUCUAUACAGACAAAUCUGAUACAGUUGAUUUUUCCAUAAUUUCUAGAGAGAAUUGCAAGAGGCUUUUUGUGUACAUCGAUAAGUUGCCUCUCAUUGUUCCAGAUAAUGUAAUUGUUCCUUAUGAUUGUCAUGUUAGGUGAGGAUUCCUAUGCUGGAGUGGAACUCAUAAACUGGGAUAUGACAAGCAAAACUGUAUAUGUCUAGGGAAAGCUUGAAAAUGUAAAUAUGUUGUGGUUAUGGAUGAUUGGGCUCAAAGGUAGAGGUUUUUUAAAAAAAUGAACUCGAUUUUUGCUUGGAAA